AUGCAGCAGGAUCCUGGUUUGGACGAGGUGGACGAGUUCCACGCCGGCAAAGAGCAGAUUCUUUUUGAUCAGGCCGGGUUUGAGGAGCCGGAGAGCGAAGAGAGCGAACAGGAAGUUUUGGGGCUGGACGAAGACGACGAAGAAGAGGAGAUCGAACGGUACAAAAGACAGCUGACUGGCCAUGUUGACGAGGAAGAGGAAGACUAUUUUGGGUCUGAGCAGGAGCAGGAGCAGGAAGAGGACGAUGUUGAGGGCUGGGGGUCGCGGAAUGACUACUACGGUGGUGAUAAUGUUGAAGACCAGGAGGAUGCCAAGCUGAUGGAGCAGGAAGCCCUGCGAAUCCAGAAGAAACAUCUCGAAGACUUGCACAUGGACGACUACAUGGUUGAUGACGACGACGAGGACUGGUCGAAGCCGGAUAAGAGCACAGAAGCCGUUGCAGAGACGGCUAAGCUGGACGAGUCUAAUUUCCCAGAACUGAUGGAGACGCAGUAUCCGGAGUUUAUCCCACUGUUGAAGGAGGUGGAGACAUUGACGCCUGUUCUGGAGGAACUGGACGUGCAGAAGAAACAGAGCUCCGAGGCAGAGCUCAAGUUCAGUGCGCUGAGCGUGUAUCUGGGCACUAUUACGACAUAUUUUGCGCUGUUUGGGUCGUAUCUAAAGAGCGGCGAGCAGUUCAGCAUGCGUGAAGAGCCGAUAAUGACGGGGAUCCUGAGUGCACGGGAGGUGUGGAGACAGGCUCAGAAGAAGAGAGCAAAGAGACAGCAUGAAUCCUUGGUUGAGGAAGCAGAAACUGCUCCAGAACUCAUAGACCAGUUCGACGACGCUCUUUCGGACGAAGAAGAAGACUCCAAGGAGGUCUCGAGCGACGAAGAGGAGCCAGACGUUCUGGCUGAUCGUCGUGUUCGCCGACUACGGGCUGUUGGUCCCGAGGAGCUUGACGAGGUGGACAGAGAAGAAAAGAAGGGCCGCCGGCGCACGUUGCGGUUCUACACGUCUAAGAUCGACCAGCAGGAGCGCAAGAAGGACUCCAAGUUCCAGGGAGACCAGGACGUGCCGUACAAGGAGCGGCUGUUCGAGAGAAGACUGCGACUAUUGGAGGAGGCCCGCAAACGAGGCGACCGUGCGAACGCGUCUGCUCCUGGUCUGGAGCUGGGCGCGGAGGACCCAGAGGGCGAUUUGGACGGCAGCGUGGCCAACAGUUACUAUGCGGAGGUGGACUCCUCGAAAAAGAGCACAAAGCAGCAAAGAAAAGCAGCACACGAAUUGGCCAAGAUCGCCGCCAGAGACGGCAAACUGGCAGAGAUUGAGGAAACCAUCGGCGACAGCGGCAAGCGCGCCGUCAACUAUCAGAUCCUCAAGAACCGCGGUCUCACUCCUCACAGAAACAAAGACAACCGCAACUCGCGUGUCAAGAAGCGCAAGAAGUACGCCCAGGCACAGAAGAAACUCAAGUCCGUCCGCGCCGUGUACACGGCCGACCGCGGGGCGUACGUGGGAGAAACCACGGGUAUCAAAAAGAACGUUUCCAAGAGUGUCAAGUUGCAUUGA